CCCCACAACUAGACCAACAAGGAUAAACCACAUCUCACACAUUCAUCACUGGCAGUCAAGAGACUGGACAAUACGGUUAACUACCUCCGUCGUAAAAAAAAGUAUCACACACAAUACGAUUAAAAAAAAUUGACGUUUAAAAUUUUCAAAGUCGCGAAUUCCGAAAGUGUCAAAAGUUUUUGGUGGGAGUUUUUUUGUUUUAUUUAAAUACAAUUUUUACAAGAUGGUGGCUAUAACUAUACAUACUAAAAUGUAUCAGUUAGUGAUGUUAUUAAUAACCAUUCAAAGCUGUUCGGCAGUGAUCUAUUCUUUGAACGAGACGGAGUACUACAAAAUGCCUCGGCUGUACGACCUGGACGAGUACUCGGCGUGCCUCCAAGAGCCAGCCGCCGCGUAUUGCGUGGCGGACUUCGAGCUGUUCACCGAAGAGGACUCCGCGCUCAUGGAUAUGAUACAACAAUAUUCAGAUCACAAAAUGAAGCAUUUCAAUCACACACAAAUCCACAGAGGAGUUUGUGUGACAAGAACAUGCGCUGACUUCAUACAAAAUCUAAAUGACACGGCGGACCCAAGUGGGGUCCUUGAAGCAUGCCUGAAUCAUACCAUAUGGAAGGACUACAGAAUCCAAGUCAGGCUGAAAGAAAUACGAUACUGCAAAAGAGCCGGCGACACGAUAGAUAUAGACACAUACGAUGUAAUUGUAGCUGUGGUGUAUGUGAUAUUGAUAUUACUUAACGUUAUCGGAAGCUGUUACGAUAUCAUGUUCUGCAAAGGCCGAGAGAAGUCAGGAAAUCCAUAUUUAUUAGCAUUUUCAAUAUCUCGCAAUUGGGACAGAAUGGUUGCCUCCCCCAAGAAAGGAUCGGAGCCCCGACUCGAAAGACUGAAACUAUUUCAUGGAAUGAGGACAAUGACCAUGUUCUGCGUAUUUUUCUCUCACACGGUGCUCAUGAUGGCGUUUUCUUACGUAAAUAAUCCGCUAUACAUUGAAAAGGCGUACGAAGACCCGAUGAAGCAGAUCCUGUUCAAUGGCAGCCUGGUGACGCACACGUUCUUCGUGAUGUCGUCCUUCCUCAUGGCCUUCAACCUGCAGCUGCAUGCGGAGAAGCACCAACUCGGCUGGCAUCACUGGCCCAAGGGCGUGCUCACUAGGUGGCUCAGACUCACCCCCACGUACGCGCUAGUCCUGGCCACGAUAUCCACCUGGAUGCGGCACCUGGGCAGCGGCCCGCUGUGGGAGCUGGUGGUGGGCAGCGAGGCCGCCGCCUGCCGCCGCUACUGGUGGGCGCAUCUGCUGUACGUCAACAACUACGUGUACGACGACGCACUGUGCGCGCCGCAGACGUGGUACCUAGCAGCAGACACGCAGUUGUUCUGCUUCGGUCUGCUCCUGUGCAUCGCGGCGCAGAGCAAGCGCGCGCGCACUGCGGCACUGACAUUGACGUUCCUCGCGUCACUCGUCAUCACCGCGCUGCACACAUACCUGCAAGACCUGGAAGCUGUCGUCAUACAGAGCCCGGAAACGUACCGCGAGCUGUACGCGCACGACGACACGUUCCGGCUGCAGUACAUCCGCGGGCACACCAACCUGUCCACCUACACGCUGGGGCUGGCGGGCGGCUUCCUCACCUACCACUGGCAGGCCGCCGGGAAGGACUUCACUAAGCACAAGUGGUACCGCCUGGUAUUCUGGCUGGCGUUCCCGCUGGGUGUCCUGGUGAUCCUGUCCGGAGGACUGUUCUACUCGGACGAGGCGCGCGCGUCCGCCGCGCUGCGAGUCGCAUACGCCACGGUCUACAAGCCUGUCUUCCAGCUGCUCGUCGUCACCCUCAUUCUGGGGUGCAUCUUCAAGAUUGACACCGCGUACCGCAGCGUGGUGGAGUGGCGCGGCUGGACGUGGCUGGGCCGCGCGUCGUACGGCGCCUUCCUGCUGCACACCAUGUUCCAGCGCGGGCUCGUCGGCAGCCAGCCGCAGCCCACGCACAUGUCCGACUACUAUGUGAUGACGAUCCUGUGCGCGACGAUCUUCCUAUCCUACGCGGCUGCUGCGGCGCUGUGGCUAACGGUGGAGGCGCCCGCCGCUGGCCUCGUGAAGGCUGCGCUCGCGCCGGCAGCGGACUCCGGCAAGCAAAAGACAAAAGAGACCAGGGACAGGACACGUGACUACCUCGCGACACACGACACAGACAAAUGGCAGGGCUCGCUGGGACAGGCCAACGGCCGGGGACUCUCGCUCGCUCCUAGGGCCCGCUCGUUGAGGGAAAAUGGCGGAGAAUAA